AUGGACCCGCCGCGUCACAUUCAUGACCUCGCCGACGAGCUGCUGAGCGAAAUCCUGACAUUUCUUCUCGCCGACGCAAGAACUACCAAUGGCAAAAUUUCUGAGAAUGGGCACUAUCUUGCUGUGGGAACCGACGCUACGGCAAUUGGAUUCGGAGAAGCGUCUGAUUUGGAUCGCUUUCGACUCGUCUGCCAACGAUUCAUGCGGAUCGGGACCCCUCGAAAGUUUUCUCGCUUUACCCUUCGAUUUUCCGAGGAUGGCUUCCAGAGACUGGAGGAAUUGCUCGACAUGCAACUAGCCUGCUAUGUGAGAACUGUGACGUACAUGGUGCGACCCUUUUAUCAAGGAAGCGGAUGUGCACGAAUAUUGCGCAUGCUUGGCUCGGAAAACCCUACUCUUUCUCAAUUACACGCCCGCCGAAUCCAAGAACAGAACACCCUUGUCGAAACCGGUUAUGAUCUAUCUCGGCUUCGACUCGCAAUCGCAGCUUUUUCGUCUCUCCAAGAAAUCAAGCUACUCCGGUUGCAGGAUGAGGCCGAUGAAAGCCUGAUCGACUUCAUCCGUGAUCAUGCUCUUGAUGGGCCUAUGUGGUUCGACUGGGAAUCGGCUUGCUCGCGCGCUGUGACCAACUUGGGUAUUGCGCUGUUGGAUUCCCAAUGUAGCUCUAUUCGGUUUAUCGGACCACAGAUUAGCCCUGAAGCAACUCUCCAGCUGCUUCGUGCUCCGUCAAAUACUCUCGCCGCCAUGGGUGGGCGACUCACGAGCCUGGAUAUCAACUUCCAUUCAACCACCAACAUCACCGCCACCAUGGCGGACCUUUCUGGCGUUUUCCACCGUUUCUUCAUGGCCGCCAAGAAUUUGAUAGCCAUUCACAUCGGAUUUCCCAGCAAGAUGCCCUUGGACCUCGAACUAGAGAGACUUUUCCACGAUGUUCGCUGGAAGACCUUGCGCACGCUCAGCAUUCAGGGCUGGCGUCUCGAUGCGGAUGAAAUCAUUGCACUUGUACGCCGCCACCGCCGCCAACUACGCGUUUUCCGCCUAGUCGGAGUCUACCUUCGCGCGGGUCGAUGGCGCGACGUGCUGUCGGUGUUGCGCGAAGAGAUGGAGCAGCUGGAACGUUUGGAUCUACGUGAGAUUGAUUAUUCCGCCCACUUUGACACCGUUGUGAUCGCCAGCGGCGUUGAGGUCUUCGAAAACCCCCCAACGGGGCCUCUUCCACACCCCCUGACCGUCGCUGCCGGCACUUCGCCGCCGCUUUCACAAUCGGCGCCCGCCGUGGGACCAGACGGUACCCCGGCUCUGUUCCGAGGUCGACGCACACCCUUGAAGGGAACGCCAACGCAAAAGUUACGCAGCAUGUCACUCGACGAUCUGGGUGAUAAUGGAGCAUGUGUUCAAAGCGAUCAGGCACGCCUCUGGGAAGCCUGGGUGCUGUCCGGGCCGCAGCGUGACAUGCACAAUGGCCAUACGCCACGGUAG